AUGCCAAUUUUCACGAAAAAGUUUUCACCGAAAGUUGCACCUCCGCGAACCCAACGUCUCAACAUUGGCUGUCCGCCCCCGCAGGAGGAUCUAGAUGAUUUCCGAACCAUUCGGUUGAACCUAGUCGAUAAGCAGCUGUGCUUCGUGGACGGAGUAUGGAUGAGUGCGAUCAAGGCGACGACUACAACGACGGGGAUUGCUGGUGGAGGCGGCACUGCUGCCAUCGACGAACUGCUCAAGAUGAAGAGGCGAAUCAAAACUUUGGAGCAGGAAAACAAUCUCUACCAGGUGAAAUUAGAUGUAUUGCUAGACCUGCUGACGGAGAACGUAAUCGAAUUGAAUUCGAUGAAAGAGCAAUAA